GUUUUGUUAGAGACUUCAGCUCUGUCUCUGUCUGUCUCUGCUCCUUGUUUGGGAAGCUAGUGGGAGGAGAAGAGCUGAAGGGGCUAUAUAACCUCAGAGCUUUCAGAUACACAGUGCACCUUCUCAGAGCAGCUAUCCCCAGCCAAGCACUGUCAGGGGCCGUUUUCUGUCUGGAGGGCCUGAGGACAUUGACGUAGAAGAUGUGCGAGGAAGAGGACAGCACUGCCCUUGUUUGUGACAAUGGGUCAGGGCUCUGUAAAGCCGGCUUCGCUGGGGACGAUGCUCCAAGAGCAGUAUUCCCUUCCAUUGUGGGUCGUCCCAGGCACCAGGGUGUGAUGGUUGGUAUGGGUCAAAAAGACAGCUACGUAGGUGAUGAGGCUCAAAGCAAGAGAGGAAUCCUGACCUUGAAAUACCCCAUAGAACACGGCAUCAUUACAAACUGGGAUGACAUGGAGAAGAUCUGGCAUCACUCUUUCUAUAAUGAGCUCCGUGUUGCACCUGAAGAACACCCAACUCUGCUGACUGAAGCACCACUGAAUCCCAAAGCCAACCGAGAGAAGAUGACCCAGAUUAUGUUCGAGACUUUCAAUGUGCCAGCAAUGUAUGUAGCUAUUCAAGCCGUUCUGUCCCUCUAUGCUUCUGGACGUACCACAGGGAUUGUGCUUGACUCUGGAGAUGGUGUCACCCACAAUGUGCCAAUUUAUGAAGGCUACGCCCUGCCACAUGCCAUAAUGCGUCUGGACCUGGCUGGCCGUGACCUGACAGACUACCUCAUGAAAAUCCUGACGGAACGUGGCUACUCCUUUGUGACCACUGCGGAGCGUGAAAUUGUCCGUGACAUCAAGGAGAAGCUGUGUUAUGUGGCCCUGGACUUUGAAAAUGAGAUGGCUACUGCUGCCUCUUCCUCCUCUCUGGAAAAAAGCUAUGAGCUUCCUGAUGGUCAGGUGAUCACCAUUGGAAAUGAACGCUUCCGCUGCCCAGAGACCCUCUUCCAGCCAUCUUUCAUUGGCAUGGAAUCUGCUGGCAUUCAUGAAACCACUUACAACAGCAUCAUGAAGUGUGACAUAGACAUCAGAAAGGAUCUUUAUGCCAACAACGUGCUGUCUGGAGGCACUACAAUGUACCCGGGUAUUGCAGACAGGAUGCAGAAGGAAAUAACUGCUCUGGCUCCCAGCACUAUGAAGAUCAAGAUCAUUGCUCCUCCUGAACGCAAGUACUCUGUCUGGAUCGGAGGCUCUAUUCUUGCCUCCCUGUCUACUUUCCAGCAGAUGUGGAUCAGCAAACAGGAAUAUGAUGAAGCUGGCCCAUCUAUUGUUCACCGCAAAUGCUUUUAAAUUGCUUUAUCUUUAUAUGUCUCUUUAGUGUAUUACUGUGAAUGUAUUCAGGAAAAUACAUUCUUAUUAUUUCAUUCCAUAAAUCCUUCAUCGUAAUUACUCUAAUUAAUUGGAUACUGUGUAUUUUUUUUUUUAUAAAUUUUAAAUAUGCUAUGAAAUUGCUGCUCCUAUUUAAAAAAAAAAAACAACCAACAUGCAUUUGUGGAGGUACCAUUACAGCUGGUUUGAAGCUCCAUCUUGUGGCCUGAAUUUGUUACUACACUAUACUGAGCUUAGAAGAAGUGGUACUUUUUGCUCAAUGAUACCGAUGCUAGAAAAUGCUCAGCUAUCAGGCUGCAUGUUGUGAAAGUUUAGCCUCAGAAAACAUUUUAGUUUGCAAACAGAGCCAGUCUUGAUUUUUCCAAAGUUCUGGGCAGUACCAAAGGAGCAUAGUGUCUGUUCGAUAUCAGGAUGAGCAUGUGCUCUCUGCUUUGCAUCUGCUCUAUCCAGAAGUAGUAUCUAUCCACAUCACUUCUUAAUUCACAGCUGUGAUGCUGGAAAAGCUAAUUUCUUACAGUGUGUGACCCAGAGGUGUAUGAUGCGUACUACCACAAUUCUGUGUGUUUUCUUUAAAGAAACGAGACCUGUUCCUUUGGGAGCAUAUCUAAACACUAAUAUUAGACUGAACAUAUGACUUUCCUAUCAUAUGCCCUCAGGAUGAGUGCAGCCUAUUAUUUUUAUGUUGUGAAUUCUGGCAAGGUCUAAAGGGUAAUUAAGCUGGCUUAAUACACUUUCUUUUCAGAACUGUUUUUUUUGGGGGGGGUAAUCAAAGUAGAUAAUUUAGACAGCUUGCUUUUUCUGUGAUUUUUCUGAUUCCAUUUAUAGUCUUAAAUACAUCAGAACUGAUAUUCAACUAGAAGUAUAUGCAUAUAAGCUGAAGCCAGUAAUACUGUCUUAAAAGUAUAUAUAUGAAUAACGAAUUCACCAAGACAGACCUGGAAAAGGUCAGUUCUAAGGAACUUGCUGCAAUCUGUAUUCGUUGGAGUUCAGGAUAGAGGAUGCUAUUUAUUUUUGUUACCUAUUUUCCUGUCUAAACUCAAUAGUUUACCUCACUCGCCUGUUACUUGUUAUCUUUCAAACUGUAAGCUCUUUGCAGCACCACCUGUUAUUUACCAUGUCUGUGUAACCCCUGGGUUCCAGAUCUUGUCCAGCUUCUGACUGUUAGCACAUGUUCCAAACUUUUUUGUACUAACCUUAUUAUUUAAAGUAUAGGUCAUCUAGGUUCUUGGAACAGACACUAAAUAAACUCUUGUAAAAGCAAAUAA